GCGUCUCCUGAGUGCCCGAGAGCUCUCCGCGCGUGAAGAGGGAGCGCUCCCCCCCCGCCUCCACUUCCCUUGCCGGGGAGCGGCGACACGAAGAAGAAGAAGAGCAUCAGAGAGCACCGAGAGACCAGGGGAGAGCUUCUGGACACAAUGCGAGGCCCACACGCUGUGCAAACAGCCACAGAAACAGGGGGGGGGCGCUUUUAAAUGAAGGAUUUAUAAAUAUAUUUUCGACGGGAAGAGGCGAGAGAGGGGCGGGCGGCGGGGUUGGUGGAGGUUUAAAAUCUUAACCUCUAAUCUGAGAAGCCAGCCCGACUUGAAGAACAGCAACCGACCUUUGCUGUCGCCGUGGAUUGCCGGACGAUGUCUUGAACUUGCGCUGAGAUUUACCGCAUUGCUUCGUUGCGAGACGAGCGCGCGGGUCCAUCGCACGGCAGAGGAGAGGGCGAGGAGCGGCGAAGGAGGCGGGCGGCCGAGCGGCCGGGCAGUACGGGACGCCAAUGGCUCGGGUAUGCGACCUGCAGCUGGUGGGACUGGCCGUGAGCGUGUGCGGCUGGCUCCUCGCCUGCGUCACCACGGUGCUGCCUCACUGGCAGUCGCUCAACUCGGACAUCGCGCCGCUCGCCGAGAACUUUCUCAUCGGCCUCUGGGGCUCGUGCGUCGACCAAGGGGACAACAUCCAGUGCCGGGACUACGAGUCGCUCAUGGACCUCAUCCCGACGCUGCAGAUGGCGCGCAUCCUCAUGUGCGCCGCCGACGUACUCGGCCUGGUGGGCACGCUGCUCACGGCGCUCGGCAUGAGGUGCACCACCUUCCUCGGCGGCGGCGGCAACACGACGCACAAGCGGGCCGCCUCGCUGGCCGGCGCGCUGGCCUUCCUCGUCGCCAGCGCCGCCGUGAUGGCUCCCGUGUGCACGGUGGCCAUGGACACAGUGGCGCUCUUCUUCGACAAGAACAUCCCGGACUACGUGCCGCGCUGGGAGUUCGGAGAGGCGCUCUUCGCCGGCUGGAUGGCCUCCUUCCUGCUGUUCGCGGGCGGCCUCACGCUCGUGGUGGCCGCGUGUCUGGCCAAGCGCCCGGGCCACGGGCCGCCCGCGCGGUCCGUGCGUCGCAUCGCCCGGCCCCCGCCGGCCGCCGGGUCGCCUGAAGCGGGCGACGCCUUUAAGCAGCAGCGGCGCGUCGAGAUGUCCGAAUUACAGACAGUGCUGCAGCGAGACCUCGCGUCGCCCAGCACCUCCUUCAGUUCGUCGUCGUUGUCGUCGACGAGGAAAGCCAAAGUCAACUUCCUCGAUGCGAACGCCCCCAACGGACGCGCCGUCAGCGUCUACGUGUGACGAAGCUCGUCCCGGCUGUCCCAUCAGCACCCCCCCCCCCCCCAUAGCAGGGCCUUCCCGUAAACGAGCUACGAGACUCGUUGAGGCUUUCCUGCAACAAACAUAAAUAAAUAAUGUCGUUAUCAUUGUUACUUUAUUAUUGUUAUUACGUGCCGUUAAUACGUUUGACUACAGCCGCAGCGCGUUUGGAGAGCUCUCAAAGUAAUAUGUUGAGUUAGGGGGCGUGAAUGGGAGGGGGGCUGUGAGUGAACUCAAAGUGGAUGUUCCGCGCCUCACUGAGCUCGCUGCGAUCUCCUGGCCGCACGCGAACGCAGAGGUGGAAGCAUCUAGAAUUAAACCGCAUCGCAUUCCCAGUCUAUUUAAGACAGAAAUGAACACGCAAAGGGGAAAACAAAUGUUAGCGGUCACAUAAUUUGGGGUGUCACAAGACACAAGACAUCUGGACCAGGCAGUACAGCCUCUCGCCCUCCGGUCGUGCGUUGUGUCAACCCGCUGCUGCGUAUGCCGAGGCUAUUUGACCAUACCUCACCACGCUCGGCAAGUACCGGUAGGUGAUUGCGUUGUUGGCUGCGUACAGUGCAAAAUAAGUUAAACACGCAGAGCAUGAGAAUUAUGAUUUAUGGAUUCCCCUGCGCUGUCCUCUACUGCUGACAACGUCGAGGGCGCGGUUCUUCGGGGCACGGCAGCGGUCACCACCCAUCCGAGCGCACUCCAGGCUCAAUGCCUGCUUAGCUUAGCUCCCGAGUGAUUUGGUCAUCGGGCAGUACGACUGUGUGACGUCACGCCAUGCAUGUGUGACGUGUCAAUCCCGUGCGGGCAGGCCUGGUUAUGUCACGUGCAUGGCGCUUGCAAUGCAUUCGCCCUCAAAUUAAGUCUCCGCAUGCUGCGCGCACCUAAUGAUUGAUAAAUAUGACGCCCCUUCGUUGAUUAAUUUGAAUCAGCGGUGCCUACGUCACGUGGUAGAAAGACAUUACCGAUUGGUGGCACGUGUUGCGGAUCGCUCGCUGGUAGUUUCUACCGGGACCAGGAUGGUUAAGCCAGGGAUUGAUGUAAUCCGGACCUGUCUGGGGCUGAGCUCUUGCAAAUAUCACACCACCACCACCACCGCGUCCCUCCGCACGGUUCGAGGUGGGCAGGGUCUGGGACGGUUUGGAGGUAGGACGGCCACAUAUAUAAUCCGUGAGAUAUCGAGUCCCGACGAUAACGUUUCUUUGGCAAAUCGAGACAUUUCAGGACACCGUCGCAUCACAGUUUGUACGGAUGCUGUUCAUGGUGGAACGUGAGCUUCGUGGAAGAUCGAAACCAGGGAUUGUCCGCGUUGGGUCUUUCACAAGGUGUUUUUUUGUUAGUUACUUUGAACCCUGGUCAGCUCUGCAAUAGCAGAAUACGCAUACUAUUGCAGAAUUCAUAUCCUGCAUAGAGUGCCCGGCCCUCACUGGUCUCGAGACUGGCCUUGACCUAAAGAGGGCCCUGGCCUUAGCCUCGCUUCGCCUUGGCAGCUUUUGUCCUCGACCGCGUUCCCAGCCUCAUGGCCCCCGACAUCGAGAUUCAAGACUGAGCGAUCCACACCACAGUCUCAGCGAUGGUGCAAUGAAGACAACGCAUCGCAGGUGUGAUGAGACUUCACGUUUGCAAAUGUGUAGCAAAAGAGAUGUCUGGAAAGUUGGUAUCAGUCAUUGAAGGCUUGCAACAUAAGAAUUCGUUCAUGAUGAUCUAAUAUAUCACCAUCUACAUAAAUUCUCACCUCCAAAACUAUGAAUAAACGUCCCUUCUUGCGAAGGCAGACACGUGGAUUCAAGCCAAAUGUAUGCUGGAGGGGUGACUUGGGCUAAAAUUAAAGUACUUGGGUAUAAGGUAACCAAAAGCUUUUGGAACAUGUAGAGCUAUUUGAGCAUCAUUAUUUUCUUGAUGGCAUGGACGUUGAUGGAAAAGGAAGGAGCUCCCAUAUCCAUACUUUUCUUGAAUAUCAAUUAAAAGAGGCGGGCGGCAGGGGGGGUUUGUUUAGCUGGACAAGUCAAGUAAUAAGUUACCAUAACCAAUAUUGACAGAUAAUUUAAGUGUAGCUUUCCCCAAUUGGAACGACCGAUGCGGGGGAUCAGUUGAGUGGAGUCGCAAUGAAGGGAAACUAUCUGGGCUUUGUUGAAAUUCUUGUUUGGAACGAGGUGAAUUUAUAUUCAAGGACAUCCUAAUGGGUUAUUUUCUACGGAUGCACACUUAGCGAGGACCUCCAGCUGUUCUCAAGAAUAUAUUUUUCAGGCGAUAAUAUUUUUGUUCCCAAAGAUAAACGAAAAUUGUCACUACGGAUUGUUAAACAAUCUCUCGGACCAGAUCCACCUGCAAUGCACGUGAUUUGAUUUCGCCAGAUCUUAGAACGCCAACCGUGCACAAGCAGGCCGUCAGCAGUAGAGCGCUCUUGCAGCAACAUCCAAGGUUACACUCUAUUUCUGAGCUCCCACAUCGAUGCCCCCCCCCCCCCGACUCCAUCAGCCCCCAUUGACCAGCGUGGUGAAGUAUGGUAAAAUAAAAUAACCCCAUGACCCACACGGCGCGGGAUAGUUUUCAUUCAGCAGUGGAUUGACACAAGAGCUGCACGCAACACAAUGUGACUAUCUGCGCAAUGAACCCGGAGAGCUGAGCUCAAUUCCCGGACAAGGCUAACGUCAGUGGCGAGCCGAUACUGGAACCGGUCCUUGGCGCUCAUGUCACCAAAACCCGCACGACCCAGUGUGGUGAGGUAUGGUCAAAACUUCUCCCAUGAAUUAUACGCAUUGGGGAGGCCUUCAUCCCAACAGUGAGGUGACAAAGGGCACAUUACAUUAGUUGCUCUAUGAAAUGUUCAAAUGUUGGUAGAGUGUUACUGGAAUCACAACGCACACACAUUCUCGGCCCAAAGGUAAACACUCAUCUUCAGGGGCGAAGCCACAGGGGGGCUGGGGGGGGGGCUCAGCUCCCCCUGAAUUUUUGGGAAAGUCGGUAAUCGGGAUAACCGGAUAUC